GUGCUGCCGGUCGCUACGUCGCGUUGUCUGCGUCGUCACCACCGGCCAGUCCGCAACACUGCCAGUUUCACAAACAGAUGCGACCCAUCCACCGCUGCCUUUUUGUCAAAAUGAUUUAAUUUACAGCAAUAUCUCGUAUUUGUAAUGAGGAGAGCAAUUUCCACAGUCAGCAACCCAAAGCCAGUGCAGGUGAAAGGCAUGCUGAAAAAUAACCAGAACUUUCCGAGACGGAGGAAGGCGACGUACUUCUUCGCCUUUUUGUUUUCCAUGGCCUACUUGUGCCUGCUGAUUUUCGCACCCAGUCUUCGCAUGGGAUUCAAGAAAUCAGCGGAGCAGCCUUCGUUGGAGCAAGAGAGGGAGCGCGCUCAACGGCUGCUCCUUUCAGGCAGACACGACGCCAGCGGGCGCUAUCGCAUCCUGUCUUUUGUGUUCCAAGGCACCAGAUGGGCCGCACUUUCCAUGAAUGCGUCCUCGGUGUGCGUCGCCACGCAAAUUUGCAUGGACCAACUCGACUCGGUGCCGCCUUUCGUCGACUCCGCGCCCGGCGCCGUGUCCGUGGCGCUGUUUGUACCACGCGACCAACUCGUCUCGGCGCUCGUGAUGCUCCAAUAUUUGCGCUUAUGCAGUCGCAACUUCCGCGAGAAGGCGAGCGUGCACUUUAUUGUUCCCCACGGGCAGAGCUUGGAUCAAAACGUGGCGGAGACAGCAGGGCCUUUGAAUUUGGACUGUCGCCACUCGGCCGGAGAGGUGCUCCAAGCGAUAACCGCGGGCCGGCAAUUGAAAUUGGCCCGACCGCCUGCUGGCAUGCUGCGAAACGUCGGUCUGGAACACUGCCACAACGAGUGGCGCGCUUCCAUUGACCCGCACAUGCUCUUCCCCGAAACGCUAGGUGCAGCGGCGCUCGCCGACUUCUUGGCCACCAGAGACCAGGCCGAAAAGUCGGCCUUCGUGCUGCCGGAGUACGUGCUGGUGAGGGGCGAAAUGCCGAAAAACCGGGCCGAGCUGCUCAGCCACUUUCUCGACGGCAAAGUUCGGCCCAAAGGAGAUAACGAAGAAGCGUACGCGGCUUCGCUUUUGCAAAGAUGGCAGAGACACGGCGCAACCUCCAGCAGCCGGGUGGAGGUCGCCUUUAAGCUGUUAAAGUUCAACUUUGCCUUUCAGCCCGCAUUCGUGACCAAACUGGGCUCCCCGCGCUUCGACGAGCGCUACUCCCAAGACGCCAUGGCCAAGUUCUCGCAGGUCUACGAGAUGUUGAUGCUGGAUUACCAGUUCUAUGUGCUGGACAAUGCCUACUUGUGCGGCUACCGAGAUGAAAUCAGCACCACGCCGCUUUCAUCGGACCUGCACAUUUUUCACGAGUCUCACUUGUCCGAGCUGAUAUCUCGGUACGAGCGGGACCCACUCGCUCUGCUCAAACACGACCACAUGAGGCACGGAAAUCUCAGAGAAAAAUAUGUGUAGUUGUACCACAGGGUCCGGAUUCCCGCGACGCGCAGAUAUAUGGCGUCUGGUAGAGUAAGGCGGGAAAAUUAUAGAAAUGUAAAAUAAAAUCGGAUUGGA